AUUUCAUUAUCAAAAUAUCCAUAAAUUAAAAAAAAAAAAAAAAAAAAAAAAAAAUGAUGAAGCACAAUUUCAACAAGUCCCACUCCACUAUCCAAAACCUACUCUCCGUGCCAAAGCCUUUAUUCUCCGGUGCUGCUGCUGCUGCAUUUUCAUUACCUAUUGCUCGUAAAAACACGAGUACUACAAUUAACACAAAAAAAUCGAAAAAAUCUAACGGAGUACUCUGGCGGCACUGCGGUGGCACUAGAGUCAAAGCCAUACUAACCACCGCCACUGCCGCUAAGUCAACCACCACCCUUAAAGCGAAGGUGACCGUGCUAGAAACAUUGGGGGGAGCACUCAGUCACCUAGGAUCGCGCGUCAUCGACGAUGUAAUGGACUUGCUCGGUAAAACCAUUCUACUCGAGCUUGUUGCUUCGGAGCUUGAUCCUCAAUCGGGACUAGAGAAAACUACCAUAAAAUCGUACGCGCAUAACUCAGGACACAACAACAAUGAGUACUACUACGAGACGAGUUUCGAGGUUCACGAGGAUUUUGGAGAGAUUGGUGCUGUGCUAAUUGAAAAUGAACAUCACAGAGAAAUGUUUGUGAAGAACAUCGUUUUUAGUGGCUUCUCCACAACGACAAACGACUCGGUCGAAGUUACUUGCAACUCGUGGAUUCAUCCCAAAUCCGAUAACCCUGAUGAGAAGAGAAUAUUUUUCUGGAACAAGUCAUAUUUGCCAUCCCAAACUCCGACUGCCCUGAGAAGGUACAGACAAAAAGAGCUCGAGAUUCUACGUGGCGACGGCCGAGGGGAGCGCAAAACCGCCGACAGAAUAUACGAUUACGAUUUUUACAAUGAUCUCGGCGAUCCAGAUUCCGACGUCGAUUUGUCCCGACCCGUUCUCGGCGGGCCCCACCGACCCUAUCCCCGCCGCUGCAGAACCGGCCGGCCGAGAACUAAGAAAGAUCCAUCAUCUGAGUCAAGGAGCUCCAGUGUUUACGUGCCGAGAGAUGAAGCAUUUUCAGAAGUGAAGACUGAGUCGUUCGCAACAAAAGCCGUCUACUCUGUCCUCCACGCACUUAUUCCAUCGAUGAAAUCUCAGAUCAUGAACACCGACACAGACAUCGGGUUCCCAUACUUCACUGCUAUAGACACUCUUUUCAACGAAGGAAUUGAGCUUCCGAACGAUUCAACAACCGGGUCGUUAGCGAGCAUUAUGCCCAGACUUGUGAAAACUAUCUCCGAGAAAUGCUUCCUUCGCUUUGAGACCCCUCAAUUUGUUAACAGAGAUAAGUUUGCUUGGUUUAGGGACGCCGAAUUCGCAAGACAAACUCUAGCAGGUGUCAACCCAUGCUGCAUCAAACUGGUCACGGAAUGGCCCUUGAAGAGUAAGCUUGACCCUGCGGUGUACGGGCCAGCUGAGUCAGCAAUCACAAAGGAGCUCAUAGAACAAGAAAUCGGAGGCUUCACUACAGUAGAUGAGGCACUGAAACAAAAGAAGUUUUUCGUGUUGGAUUAUCAUGAUGUGCUCUUGCCAUUUGUGAACAAGGUAAGAGAGCUUCAGGGGACCACUCUUUAUGGAUCGAGGACAUUGUUUUACUUAACACCUGCCGACACAUUGAGGCCGUUGGCUAUCGAGUUAACUCGACCACCAGUAGAUGGAAAGCCACAGUGGAAGCAGGUGUUCCACCCAACUUGGGAUGCCACUGGUGUCUGGUUGUGGAGGCUUGCUAAAGCUCAUGUCUUGGCUCAUGACUCUGGUUUUCAUCAGUUAGUCAGUCACUGGCUGCGGACUCAUUGUUGCACAGAGCCUUACGUAAUCGCGACAAACAGGCAACUAAGUGCAAUGCACCCGAUUUAUCGACUGUUGCAUCCUCAUUUGCGUUACACAAUGGAAAUUAACGCAUUGGCUCGUGAGGCCCUUAUUAAUGCUAAUGGGGCAAUUGAGAACUCAUUCUCCCCUGGCAAAUACUCGAUCGAACUGAGCUCUGUUGCAUAUGACCAAUUAUGGCAAUUCAACUUGGAGGCACUACCCGCAGAUUUAAUCAACAGGGGAAUGGCAGUGGAGGAUCCAACUGCACCACACGGUUUGAAACUCACAAUUGAAGACUACCCUUAUGCCAGUGAUGGUUUGCUUCUAUGGGAUGCUAUCAAACAGUGGGUAACAGAUUACGUGGCUUACUACUAUCAAGAACCGAGCCUUGUUCAAUCAGAUAACGAGCUCCAAGCAUGGUGGACAGAGAUACGAACAGUGGGCCAUGGUGACAAGAAGAUAGGGUGGCCGGAACUAAAAACUCCGGACGACUUAAUUGGAAUUUUGACGACUAUUAUAUGGGUAGCUUCAGGUCAUCAUGCUGCUGUAAACUUCGGUCAAUUUGAUUUCGGAGCGUACUUUCCAAACAGGCCUACAAUUGCUCGAACACAAAUGCCUACCGAGGAACCGAAGGACGAAGAAAAGAAACAAUUUUUGGAGAAGCCCGAAGAAUUCCUACUGAAAUGCUUCCCUUCACAACAUCAAGCAGCAACAGUUAUGGCCAUUAUUGAUGUACUGUCCAAUCAUUCGCCCGAUGAGGAGUAUAUCGGAGAGCAAAUUCAGCCUUAUUGGGCUGAUGAUAAGGUUAUUAAAGCUUCGUUUGAACGGUUUCAUGGACAAUUGAAUGUGAUAGCAGGGAUUAUUGAUGCUAGAAACGCAGAUACAAAUAUGAAGAACAGAGCAGGGGCUGGAGUGAUGCCGUACGAGCUUCUCAAGCCGUAUUCCGAACCUGGUGUCACUGGAAAGGGUAUCCCAAAUAGCGUCUCCAUCUAGUUCUAUAAACCGUUUGUGUGCAAGAAUAAAUAAAACAUGGGGUUUAUCAUCUAUGUAUCUUUGAUGCAAUAAUGUAUUAUUUAUUACUACAAUAAAACGGAGGUUGUCUGCUUUAUUAAUAAGAUAUUUCGCGCUACGGUUUUCA